AUGGCCGACGUCGUCAAGCUGGAGUACCGCAGUAACGAGCGAGGCUACAUCGCCAUCAUCACCUUUGACAAUCCGAAGAAGCUGAAUGCGUUGAAUAUCGACCAUUACUUCCAGUUGGCUAAAUACAUGAGAGAGAUUGCUCUGAGGGAUGAUGUGUAUGUUACCGUUCUGACCGGCAAAGGCAAAUACUUUUCAGCCGGAGCUGAUGUAUCGACACCACCCAUCCAAAGAGACGGCGACGACCAAUACACCGCCGGCCUACGCACAUUCGUCCCAGCCAACCUCGCUCUCACCGAAGCCUUCUACUCACACCCCAAAAUCCUCGUCGUCGCCUUCAACGGCCCGGCAAUCGGCCUCUCCGCCGCCAUCACCGGCUGGGCGGACUUUAUCUACGCAACACCACAUACGUUCCUUCUCACCCCGUUCUCCAGCCUCGGACUAGUGAGCGAAGGCGGUGCGAGCAUAGGCUUCGUACAGCGCAUGGGAAUCGCCAAAGCCAACGAAGCGCUCAUCAUGUCCAAACGACUGACGUGCGAGGAACUGGUGCAGUGCGGCUACAUUAACAAGGUCUUUAAUACCCUGCCCGGCGAGCAGGAGAAAUUUCUCGGCCUGGUGUUGCAGGAGGUGCAAGAUCGAUUAGGGCCGCAUCUGGUGCCGGAGUCGUUGACGAAGAUCAAGGCGUUGAUUCGCAAGCCUCAGCGGGAGGCACUUGAUGCGCAGGGUGUUGCGGAGGCUUUUGGCGCUUUGGAUGUCUGGAUGAAGGGCGUGCCGCAGGAGCAGUUUCGGCGGAUCGCGAGUGGGGAGAAGCGGCAUAAGUUGUGA